GGUUUCAAUUUGAUCUUGGUUUAAGCUCUUCCUACACUGUAAAUUCAACCCUCUUCUUCAUCUUCAUCUUCCUCAAAGCACUCUUCUGUAGUAGAACUACCCAGAAACCCUUUUCAACAGAUCGCUGAUUCGAAGGAAGAGAGAUGAGUAGUACUGCUACGCAGGCUCCGCACUCGUUGGCCUUCAGGGUCAUGAGAUUAUGCCGUCCCUCUUUUCACGUGGAAACCCCUCUUCGAUUCGACCCAUUUGAUCUUAUUGCCGGAGAGGAUCUCUUCGACGACCCUAUCGCCGCCGCCCAUUUCCCUCGUCUUCUCGCUAAUCAAUCUGUCUCUUCCAAAUCAAAUGAUUCCGAUUUCACCUAUCGCUCUAGAUUCCUCCUCCAGGAACCCUCCGACGCAAUGGGUCUUCCUGGUCUCCUCGUUGUACCUCAGGCUUUUGGGGCUAUAUAUCUGGGUGAAACAUUCAGUAGUUAUAUUAGUAUCAAUAACAGCUCGACUUUUGAAGCUAGGGAUGUUAUAAUUAAGGCAGAAAUUCAAACAGAAAGACAAAGGAUAUUGCUUUUGGAUACCUCGAAAUCUCCAGUUGAAUCAAUUCGAGCAGGGGGGCGAUAUGAUUUUAUAGUGGAGCAUGAUGUUAAAGAACUAGGUGCACACACGCUUGUUUGUACUGCUCUCUACAGUGAUGGAGAUGGUGAGCGCAAGUACCUCCCGCAGUUCUUCAAGUUUAUUGUUGCAAAUCCUCUCUCAGUUAGGACCAAGGUCCGUGUUGUGAAGGAUAAUACAUUCUUGGAAGCCUGUAUAGAGAAUCAUACAAAAUCAAACCUAUAUAUGAAUCAAGUGGAUUUUGAGCCAGCUCAACACUGGAGUGCAACAAUACUCAAUGCGGACAAUCAUGAUGUUGAGAAUACUGCGUUGACAAAAGAUGACGAGAUAUUCAAGCAGCCCAUUCUGAUCAAAUCUGGCGGAGGAAUUCAGAAUUUUCUUUAUCAGUUGAAAUCGUCAUCACAGGGAGCUUCUCCUUUGAAAGUUGAUGGAAGUAAUAUCCUCGGAAAGCUUCAAAUUACAUGGCGUACCAAUUUGGGUGAGCCAGGUCGCUUGCAAACUCAGCAGAUUUUGGGUAAUCCCAUUGCAAGGAAAGAAAUUGAGUUGCAGGCAGUGGAAGUUCCAACAAGUAUUAUACUGGAAGAACCUUUUGUGGUGCAUUGGAACCUAUCAAACCAAACUGAUAGGUCUUUGGGUCCGUUUGAGAUUUGGUUAUCUCAAAGUGAAUUGCCCGAUGAGAAAACUGUCAUGGUUAAUGGUCUUCAGACAUUGGCUUUACCACAAGUUGACGCUUCAGGGAGUAUAAAUUUCCAGUUGAACCUUAUUGCAACAAAAGUUGGUGUUCAGAAGAUUACAGGUAUAACUGUGUUUGACACAACUGAAAAGAGAACAUACGAUCUGCUCCCUGAUUUAGAGAUUUUUGUUGAUUUGAGUUAACCUGUUCAACUCGAUGGUUAUGUUUCAUAGAGAACUCCAUUUGAAGCCAAUGGCUUUUUGAACUUUUAAUGGGAUCCGAUAAAGGAUGCAAUGAAAUGAAGAGUUCCCAUUUCUAGUGUAGCUCGAUCGGCUCAUUAACACCUCUCUUCCCAUUGUAUGAGUUUCAAAAUUGCAAUUUGAGAUUUAAUGCCUUCUCAAACCUAACUAUGUAUUGAAUGACUUAUAAAUUUUUGCCUUUUAUAAAAUUGUUUCUUAACAUCAA